AUGGCCCCGGAUCAAGGAUGGAAGAUAUAUGUGGGAACCUUGACUACAAUCGUGCCAGCAACUGCGGCUGUGUGUGCGAGGUUCCUGGCAAGAUGGAUAGCGGGCAUACCAUAUUGGUGGGAUGACUGGAUGGUGGUGAUAGCCCUGAUUGACUGCUGGGCCAUGGCCGGUCUGCGGCUGGCAGAAGUGAUUUACUUGGGCCAAGGACAGCAUUCCGCCGAUUUGCCCUCGGAGACCGUCGUCAAAUUCCUCAAGAGUUUCAUUGCUGUUCAAAUGCUCUAUUUUAUCGAUGUCGUAUCCACGAAAGCCGCCUUUCUAUUUCUCUACUAUCGAAUCUUUGGCGUGAAUCUGUGGUUCCGACGCAUCCUCUAUUUCAUUGCUGCCCUACUCGUCGCCUUUUUCAUCGCUUGCCCAACUGUUGCUGUGGCUGGAUGUCAUCCGGUUUCCUACUUUUGGAACAGAAAUCAGGCCGGGUCGUGUAUCAAUGAGACCAAUUUCUUCCGCUGGAAUGGGAUUGCAAAUGUCAUUCUUGACUUUAUCAUUUUCUGUCUGCCGAUACCUAUGACCUUUCGCUUGAAUGCAACCCUACGGCAGAAACUGAUCAUUUGUUCUAUGUUCGCCCUUGGGUUUUUUGUCUGCGUGGUAUCUAUCAUUCGUAUCAUCGUUUUCGGAGACCAGAGAAAAGAUGACAUGACCUGGUCCACCACCGAUUCCGCUACGUGGUCUUCUAUCGAGCAGGCUCUCUCCAUAAUUUGCAUCUGUCUGCCAACUCUGCGUCCCUUAUUCCGAUCUCUAUGGGGCUCUACCCUCGAUAAUGAAUCUAAUCAGCGAAACAAAUACCAAUCCGACUCUCGUUCCAAAACACCGAGCAAUGGUAUCGCGCUUUCACGGCUUAAUUCGUCCGGUGAGGCGGAUAGUACAGCCGAAUUUGCGAGACUUUCAAAUAAUGAAGACCGCGACGACGAUGAUGAUGACGAAAGUCGGUCGCGGUCACUCCAUGGUUCAAAUGACGGCCAUGCUAACUUACAUAAUACAUGA